GUGUAGCGCGGCGGUCAAGGAAGCUUAGCUUGUGCGUGUUUAUGUGCACCAAAUUCUUGUGGUUUUAUACAAAUAAUGUUUAUUCACUGAUGUGGAAUAAACAAUUGCAGCCCGGACAGCUGAAAGUCGAAUUCUAACGUUUCCUUGCAUCGCGCGCUCUUGCUGAGAUGUCUGGUUGCCAAGACAACAGCGGCAGCAUCACUGGGCUGCUGGGUGCGCUCUGCGACUGCGGCCUUUCCGGGUUGUCAUGGAAACGCCGCGCUCUGGGCGCAGCAUCCCGGGAGUCUGCGCGUCGGUCCCUGCGCAAGCGUGCGUAUGGUGCGCUUCUCGCCGGACUCUUCCAGGACGGGUCACCCAAACCGCCUCCGAACGCCCUGGCGAACACACCCGCCCAUAAUAAAAUACUGAUGAUCUCGUUCGACCUGCGCGUGUCUGGCCACAAUGAGGAGGCGGAGAGGUUGGAGGAGCUCUUGAGUCAGCUACAGGAUGGGGCGGACUCUUCGGGACUGUCCGAACUCGAUUCUGUCCUGGAGCUCCUGGUGCAGCUGGCCGGGUCCGUAGCUCCGCCCCCUCUGUCUUUCAGUCACGACUAUAUGCGCCGGAGCGUCCCGUGCAGCGCAGACCACCGUUGGGCGGGUUACCUGAGCCGGGACAUUAGCAGCGGGGCCUGGAGGAGGAGAAGGGUGUGCGUGUGUGGUCUUUGAUGUGGUGAGGAAUGGGGUGUUUUCGGGGGCAUCUGUAGGACCCUGAGCACAGAUGCUCCGCCGGGCACUGGGCUGCUCGGACUGGGACGCAGACAGGAUACAGAGGAGAGGUUUGAAAGAGAGACCCGGCUGUCGCUGUUUGGUGCCCUACAGCACUCCAGAACGGAAGAUAUGGACGUCCGACUGGACCUGCCGCCCGUUCCAAGCAACGCAGACCUUACUGGACUCAGUAUACGGGUUCCUCUGUGUCUGGAUCAGUCUGAUGAUGAAGGCUUCCAGUCCGCCUCUAAUCUGACUCCAGAUUCCCAAUCCGAGACGAGUCCCAGCCCUGAGAUCGACGUGUGGGAGGCCCUGCGGACAUUCGUGCCUGGAAGACGACGCUGUUGGGAGAACAUUGGCUGCCCGCCGGGUCAGAAGGACCCUCCGUACCUGACAGAGGCUGGCAGAGAGGCGUUUGAUCAGCUGUACCGACUGUGGGAGGGGGAAAUGAGGAACAUUCUCACAAAAAACACAACAUCACCUCCCCCUCCCCCUCCACUGUAAUGACAAGAUCAGAAGCUGGUCAAGGACGUGCUCAACGUGCUGAUCGGGGUCUCCUCUGUCACUUUUCCACUCAACGAGACUAGUGUGCAGUUUGAUGUUCGUCCGGAUAUAUGUGUGUCCGGGACGUCCCCUGAGAGUGUGUCUCGGCUGCUGGGUGAGCUGGCGCAGUACGGCACACACUACCUGCGUCUCAGCCGCUUCUCCCUGAGCAGCACGAGUCAGAAGGGACUCGUCUUCCAGGCCUUCACAGGUGGGCUGCGCCGUUACCUGCAUUACUACAGAGCGUGUGUGCUGAGCACGCCAGCCUCUCUCAGUCUCCUAACUAUCGCUUGUCAUUUCCGCAAACUGGGGCGUCAGCUCAGGUAUCUGUCAGAACUGUGUUGUGUGGAUGGAAUCGGAGGCGUGGGACGAGCAGCGUUCCCCGUGGGUGUAAAGCUGCUGUCGUGUCUGUAUAAUGAAGCUCAGAGUAACUGCAGUAAUGAGAAUCAUCCGGUGCUGCUGUCGCUGCUGAAGAGCAGCUGUGAGCCGUACACACGGUUUGUUUCAGACUGGGUGUACAGUGGCGUCUUCCGUGACGUAUAUAAAGAGUUUAUGAUCGAGGUCAAUGAGGAUUAUCUGACCUACAGAGAUAAGAACUUUUGGACGCAGGGCUACACUCUCAUUUCGUGUGAUGCAGAGGACUGUGUGCCGGUGUUCCUCAAACACAUCGCCAAUGACGUCUACGUCUGCGGAAAAACAAUCAACCUGCUGAAAAUCUGCUGCCCGCAGCACUACAUCUUCUGGUCGGAUGUACCAGUGCCCAGGAUCGCUGUGACGUUUUCCCUGCAGGAAGUAGAGGAGAUUGAGAGAGACUGUGCUGUGUAUCGCGGACGAAUGGAGACGAUCGCUAGGCACAGCGCCAUCAGCAGGGAGGAGAAGGCUAUGCGGACUGAACAGGCCCGACAGGAGCUCAUUAACCUGGUCAGAGUGUCAGCGGCCAAGACCCUGGAGAGAAUCAGAGGUCACCAGGUGUCGCAGCGUCUGGCAGAGGAGGCCCAGAAGAGAGAGCGAUUUGAAGAGCUGAAACAGCAGCUGGAGCUCGACCAGGAGUGGCGUAGUGCUGUGAGACGGAAGCAGCAGGAAGACGAUUUCAGCUACGCUCGAGAGCUCAGAGACCGAGAGCAGAGGCUGCAGGCCCUCGAGGAGCAGCUGGAGCGCCGGGCACGGAUGGAUCUGAUCACUCAGUACAGUCAGUUAUCAGAAGCUGCUGCAAGACGAGAGCUCAGAGCCAUGUGGAAGGUGCAGAGGAUGAAACUCGACGAGCGCAGAGUGAACUUCCUGCAGCAAGAACAACAGAACGUACAGGCUAUUCUGGAGAAGUUUCCUUUAGGUCAGGAGGGCCCCCCUCUAGAAAUAUCCCAAAUGCUACAACCUGCACAACUACACGCUGAGCUCUCUGAGCAGCAGAAUCUACGAGAACAGCAAAUAGCAGAUCCUCCUCUCACAGAAUCCUUUGCUCCUCUCUGCUCUCCUGCCAUUGGUGAAACUCAAGCUCUUAAAUCAGAGGAAAUCGACAUAGCUGACUUCCUCCCGAAGCCUCUAUACGUCCCUGAUAGUGAUGCCAUGACCCAGGCCCUCCACAACAUUGGAUCCGACCUCCUGCAAUCCCCUCAGAAACCCCACCCACAGCAGCCACACCCAUCGACCUCCCACAUAUGCGUUGGUGAAAACGUUUCGGAAUUCCUGGAUUCUGUCCCCGUUCCUAAUAUAUAUGCACGGGCAUCCAAGUCCAGCUUCCUAUGGGGUCAGUUCACUCCAGAGGUGCCAGCAGGUCAGCCGAAGGCUAGUGUUCAUGGACACCCUUCACAGAGCUCUGUGCAGUUGGGAGGCUCCACUGCCUCAGGGCGAAACAAGGGCCCAAUUCGCUCUGAGUCAAACACCCCUGCACAAACCAUUCAAGAGCGAACAUGUGAGGCAGAGAGCAAUAGCCAGUGUACAGAAAAACAACCGACUGGAGAUGAGACAGGAACAGAGCCCUCGGCAGCCAGCACAGGUUCAGAGCCAAAGCAAGCCGCCCAGGAGCCAACAGAGGAAGCCAAGUCCUGUGAGCUUGUCAGCCAGCCCUCUCACUGUUCUCAGCCAGAUCAAGAACAAUCUGUGUCUCUUCUCAGAGGCUUCCAUGAGUCAGAGUCCGAUUCUGAUAUGAGAAAUAACAGCCAUGAUCCUGAUCCAGCACUGAUCUCAUCUUUAUCCUCCUCUGAUGUCUGUGGCCACUCCUCCAAUGCCCAUAUAAAGGUUUACAAAAAAGUUUCCGAGCAGGUCACCCCUCUUGCCAUAUCUAACAUCCAUGGCCAUGCCUCUGAUGCCCAUAUAAGGGUUGGCGAUCAUGUUUCCGAGGUGACCACUUCCAUCCCCACACCUAACAUCCAUGGCCACGCCUCUGAUGCCCAUAUAAGGGUUGGCGAACAUGUUUCCGAGGUGACCACUCCCAUCCCCACACCUAACAUCCAUGGCCACGCCUCUGAUGCCCAUAUAAGGGUUGGCGAACAUGUUUCAGACCCGCAUACCAUCCCCACACCUAACAUCCAUGGCCACGCCUCUGAUGCCCAUAUAAGGGUUGGCGAACAUGUUUCCGAGGUGACCACUCCCAUCCCCACACCUAACAUCCAUGGCCACACCUCUGAUGCCCAUAUAAGGGUUGGCGAACAUGUUUCCGAGGUGACCACUUCCAUCCCCACACCUAACAUCCAUGGACACGCCUCUGAUGCCCAUAUAAGGGUUGGCGAACAUGUUUCCGAGGUGACCACUUCCAUCCCCACACCUAACAUCCAUGGCCACGCCUCUGAUUCCCAUAUAAGAGUUGGCGAGCAUGUUUCCGAGGUGACCAAUCCUCUUCCAACACCUAACAUCCAUGGCCACGCCUCUGACGCCCAUAUAAGGGUUGGUGAACAUGUUUCUGAGGUGACCAAUCUGCUUCCAACACCUAACAUCCAUGGCCACGCCUCUGACGCCCAUAUAAGGGUUGGUGAACAUGUUUCUGAAGUGACCAAUCCCAUCCACACGGCAAAUAUUCAUGGCCACGCUUCUGACGCCCAUAUAAAGGUGGGUGAAUUUGUGUCAGAUGUUGCCUCCUCUCAGCCACGUUGGAGCAAAUAUGGUCAUUCCUCUGACAGCACCCUUAAAGUGGGUUGUGUGAUGCCCUAUGCUGCCCCAUCACUCACCCCUCUACCUGGCAGCUCUUUCGGUCACACAUCUGACUCCACAUUGACAGUUGGGUGUGUUGUCUCAGGCGUAGAUCCUCAACCUUCUCCGUUACCUGGCAGUGCAUAUGGACAUUCCUCACAGUCCACCUUGGGUAUCGGGUGUGUGGUUCGUGGGACUGAAACCACUCGACCCAGCUCUCUUUACAGCGGUGCCUACGGGCAUUCGUCAGACUCUGCUCUGGGUAUGGGCUGCAUGGUUGGCGGGGUGGUGCCAGGGAGUUUGUACGGUGACAGACCACCAUCCAAAUCUGACCGAACAUCAGAAGAUGCAGAGAAUCUAGCCAUCCAGGCAGCGCCCCCUAGUGAGCUGUUCUCCCUGGACGAGGGACUGUCUGCCUGGGCUCUGGGACUGGGAUUGUCCCCUAAAGAGAGUCCAGAGGAUCGUUAUCUUCUCAGUCUAGCCUUACAGUACCAAGUGGAGCAGUACCAGGACUCGUACGGCUUGAUGACUGCGUCUCCAGACUCUGAGCUGCUACUGCAGGUGACGCGGGGUCCGAAUGGCCUUCCUGUAGAUCCGUCUCUGCACCGGUCCACCGACGCCACUGCUGUUCAGCUCAACGAGAUGAUGCCACUUCCUGUUCUCAUGAAACACUCAGUUACAACACCACUGAUUACACAUGUGUCUAUGGUAAAUAAGGCUGUGGUGGAUUAUUUCUUUGUGGAGUUGGGUGUGGAGAAGCACUUUGAGACACUCAGGCAUUUCCUGUUAAUGGAGGAUGGAGAGUUUGCCCUCUCUCUCAGCGAUCAGCUCUUUGAGAAGCUGGGCAGUGGUCAGACGCCUGGUGAGCUGCUGACCCCGCUGGUGUUGAACUCCAUUCUCAAUAAGGCCUUACAGUACAGCGUUCACGGCGACAGCGAGCUGGCGGCUCACUUCACGUUUGCGCUACGAUAUCUCCCUGAGAUCUUCCAUCCUCACGCGCCAGACUCGCUGAACUGUCUCGAGCUCCGCUACAAGGUGGACUGGCCGGUGAAUAUCGUCAUCACAGACAGCUGUCUGAACAAAUACAACAGACUCUUCUCUUUCCUGCUGCAGCUCAAACACAUGGUGUGGUCCCUCCGAGACGUCUGGUUUCACCUCAAGAGGACGGCGCUGGUGAAAGGUGCCGGUCGCUCCGCUCAGUUCCAUCAGCUGCAGCUCUACAGACACGAGAUGCAGCACUUUGUGAAGGUGAUCCAGGGCUACAUCGCUAACCAGAUCCUUCAGGUGUCCUGGAGCGAGUUCACACACAAACUGAGCAGCGCCAACGACCUGGACGCGAUUCACCGCACACACGCCGAAUACCUCAACAGAGCCAUCUUCAGGGGUUUGCUGACGGAGAAAGCUGCCCCCGUCAUGAACAUCAUCCACAGCAUCUUUAGUCUGAUCCUGAAGUUCCGCGGGCAGCUGAUCGCGCAGCCGUGGGAGCUCCAGCAGGGGGAGCCGGUGCAUCCCAGUUUCAUUGCCAUGCAGCAGUCCUACAACACCUUCAAAUACUACUCCCGCUUCCUGUUCAAAGUGGUGACCAAACUGGUGGAUAAAGGUUAUCAGCCCCAUCUGGAGGAACCACCAAAGCAAACAAUCACAUAUCAGCCCCAUCUGGAGGACUUCCUGUUGCGGAUCAACCUCAAUAACUACUACAAAGACUCUUGAUUUGUCCUCUGACCUGCUGCUUUAGUAUCAUGUCAGUGUGUAUAUAACCAAAGCAAACAAUCACAAUUGCCCGUAG